AUGAAGACUCAAAGAUAUACACUUCAUGGAUAUUGGCUCCAAACUUCAACAGCAAUAGGAAGGUUAUCCAUGGAAGAUCCCAAUCUUCAGUGGGUCAAGCAUAUGGUUGAAUUCAAGAUAGAUAGCAAUGAAAAAGAAGGCGAUGAUUCAAACAUGGAACUCUAUAAAGUAUAUUCUCGUGAUUUCUUCAUUCCAACCCAGAUAGAACUAAGAUUAAUGGCUCAUUUUUCUAAAGACCAAUCAUUGAUUGAUCUUCUAUUGACGCCUCUUGGUGAUGUGUUCAACAUGAUCACUGCAAAAUGGUCAGGAAAAGAAGAGUCUUUGGUGGGCCCCAAAGAGCGAGAUCAAACUAAAAGAUUGAUUUAUGGGAUUUUAUAUGGAAUAGGUGCAAAUUCACUUGUUGAACAGUUGGAAUGGAGUUCAGAUGAUGCUAGAGACAAAAUUCAGAGUUUCAAAAGAUCAUUUCCUCGUGUUGCUUCAUGGCUUAAAGAAUUUGUUGCAGAUUGA